UUCGCCGACGCAUUAGCAGCGUGCUACUCACUUAAGCAACAUCGCGUAUUUAUAUUGUUUAAUUAUUAAUUAUUAAUUAAGAUAUUUCAAAAUUAAAAUUAUAUGUGAUGGUUUUGAAUUUUUGGAAAAUUUUGGAUAUUUUUUAAGUUCAAAAAAGCUUUGUGAAAAGUGAGUGAGCGUGAUUUUGUGAUUUGGAUUAAUUCGGAAAAAAUAAGGGAAUUUUUGAAUAAUUUUGAGUAAUUUCUUGAAAUGAGGCAACAAAAUACAAAAUUAAGACCAUCAACAACCCGAACACCAAUUAAUCACCAUCGAUAAUCAACUACCAGGCUGACACGCAGAUGCAUAUGGAAAAAACACCCGAUCUACAGCCACGAUGUCGAUGACCGGAAGUCUAAUGGGAUACGAAAGCAACAACGAGAUAAACCAGGCGAAAUGUAACAAUAAAAAGUACCAGCAGAAGUCAACGCUGAUAACGGGCUCCUCGACUACGCCAUUGCCGAUGACGUUAACGAGCACCACGACAAUGAUUUCCUCAACCCCGAUAACUACUACAAACGUUAAUACCACGACAACCAUAAACACCUCUGUCAAUAAGCAACGCGAAUACGCCUCGAAUUUACGACGCAGUGAGCACAAGAGGAAGCGAGAAACUUGCAAUCGGGGACACGCUAAUGGCUUGUGGUCCGUGUGGUAUGGAAUUCUGGUGGUUAUCUUACAGGCUUACAUCGCUACAAGGUGUGCCAAGCGGUUCGUUGCAUACUUGUCACUUCCAUGGCCAGCGGACGUCCAGCCGCCUAAAUUCGAGCUGCAUGUCUGCAUAGUCCUAACAGGAACCGGCGUUCUGUUACUACCGAUAUUACUGGCAGCAGCGUGUCUGAAGCUCGGAAACUUGGCCAAUGACGGUGUGAAGCUCGGCAGGCAUACGAGCACAUGUACUCGCGAUCCACCGGCCUCUUUACUUGGAAACAACAUUGACAGUGGCUUAGCGGGGAGUUUAUGGAAACACGGAGGACCUACAGCAGCCUUCGUUCAUCUCUGUACAGCAAUGUGCUUUCUAUUACCAACAUUGCUGAUGGAAGCGCGGUUAAUAUACGCUGGAUUUUUACCAAAAGAUGCAAUUUGGCGAACGGACUUGGACUGGAUAGUGGUCCAUCGUGACCGGCUGAUCUACCUGAACUUUAUGAACCCCGGGAUGAUCAACAGCAGCAACAUCAACUAUAUUAACAACCCCUUUCUUACGUCGAGUGUCGAUGAUAUUAAUAUCGACAUUUUAAACUUUACGAGUGGGUUUAACGCAACAAAUCCGCGGAAUUUUACAGCAAAAGAUACAGGGUCAACGGAGUUUCCGGUAAAAUCCGAGAUUGGCGCCACCAGUCCGCUACCGAUCGUCAGAAGCAAGAAAGUAGUGAUUCUAAGGAACAAAACCAAAAGUUCCGACUUGCAGGCGGGUAAUAUGACAGCGUACAAUUUGCCACUUGUUAUUAAUAGCGUCGCGGAUUUGGACCGGAUGAACAACGACAGAGAAGACGAUGCUUAUGAUGAGCGUAAGGAUUUCAUCAGCCUGGAGUACUUGAACUACGCGGUGGCGCUAGCUGUCUAUUCUGUGCGCUAUCCAGCGGUCUUCUGGUCCUGCAACAAAGCUAUCGGUACCAUCUUUAGUAUUCAAUCGUUCAUUAAUUCUGUCCAAAGUUUGAUCAGUUACGCUGGAAUGUCCGUUCUGUACAAAGUACAAGUUCUGGGACCACAUAAAGUUCUGAGUCUAGGGCGGAAUCGUGUUCAACCAACGCCAAUUUACUCCAGCAAGUUGCAAAAAGUUGUGACGAACCUGUUUGGUGAUACGUCGCAUUUGUUACUGAAUCCGCAUGUAACCUUAUCGCUGUUUGCGUUAUCUUCGUUGUUGAUUCUCUGCUCCAGUAUGGUGACCUACCUCUACGCUUAUGGAAGAUUCGCCACAUUUUUAGAACACGAGCACCAACGGCGAGUAAUAAUAUCAAAAGAGGGUCGUCGAAACAGCUCAGGCUGGUCGUACUUUACCCACUGUGCAGCUCUCUGUGUUUUUUUAGCUCUCCUGAUUUGCAACGCUCCACUUCUCUACGACUACAUAGUAGUCUACCGCGGAAGUCUCGACGGUGUAAUAUUGGCAUGCAUCCUAGGAACAAUUAUCCACUUGUUUCUCUGGUUGAUAUUUUGGUUCUUUUUAACAAUAAAGCGUAAUUGGAUUUUCAAAGUCCGCGUAACAAUAGCCCGAGCGACUGUCCGCUCAGCGAGGUCAGUGAAAUUAGUCACCGACGUCGACUUGUUAGCCUGUAGACGAAAGAGCACCAACAACGUUGAUCAGGAUAACGACAACGACGACGAGACGUUGAUAGACCAUGAACUGGGCAGUGAUGCUCCUCUGUUGAUAGUCGGAGACGGCAAGACCUACAGCAUAGCUGAGUCUUCGCCGAAAAAGGCCAUCAUGAGCGUCAUCCAGAAGGCCAUAAUCGAAAGAAAGGCUCAGCAGAAUGAAGGUGUUACUGUAAACCGUGCUUCUGGAGAAGCUAGCCUUGAAGAAGAAGAGCAGAUCUACUGGCUAAGACCAAAACUACGUCCAUCACCAGAGUCGCCUAACGGAACAAUUCCAGCGUCGAAUCUGGACAAAAGCUGGAUCAACAAGAAGCUUCGUCCCAAAGUGACGUUUAACGACCUGCCUAGUACGUCUGGCGCGCGCAAUAAGGGAAAAAGACGAGGUAAUACCGAGGGUGGACCAGACGACGAUGGUGAUUAUGCCACGCUACGUGAGCUACCACUAAUGACUGCCAUCGACGCUGAUGAUUCUGCUUCGGAAGAAAACAAGCUCCUGGAAUGUGUUAACGACGACCAAGUAACCUACUACGCCAGCGGUAACCGUGAUCUCCACCCAUCAGAAGGUGACCCUUCCCCACUUCUAACCCCAGAACCUCUGCCAGACCCAAACCUCCCGAUUCCUCCGCUUCCAAUUCCCAACGAGCUAACUUCAGUACUAACCGCCCCAACUGAGGAAUUCCAUGAUUCUAACCACUCGGUGCCUCAGGUUGGACUACCGAAGUGUCUUCGUCAUGCAGACUCGGGAGUUUCCCAAGAUCAGCUGACGCCCCGAUCAGAGUCAUCAAACUCUCCGGCCCUGGAACCGAUGACCAAUGGUAUGAAUCAUCUGGCAAAUUACGAAGUGGUUGAUCGUAGCCUAACUUCGUCGAACAGCGAAUCUUCAAGCGGAGUCCACUCGAACACCAGCAAUUCGUCGGUAACGAAUCACUUGAUGAGCCAACAGACACGUCGGUCCAAUAGUGUUGAUGACCUCAGUGCCAAUGACGCUUACAAUGGCGACGAUAAAUGGCGAUCUUGUUCACUGCAACGGGGAAUUCAACCACCAAAUGGAAAUGGCGGCCAGGAGUACAAAAUUCAAGCUGGUCCCCAAUUCACAAAGUUCAAUACCAUUGACAGAAAAUCCUCAAAGGGAAAUGGUCCAUGUCCGGCGAUUAUUUUGGAGAACACCAGUGAAUCGACGGUAGUGAUACGACGUCGUAUGUCCAGGCCGAAGUUACCCGAAUCUUGGAACCCAAAUGACGCAGAACCAUUUGGUAGGAGCACUAAUAUGAGAAUGACGUCCUUUACUGAGAACAGUGACGUUAAAAGUUGCAUUAAUGCUAAUAAUGCGUCGGCGACUUUGCCGCAUUACCCAACUCAACCAAUUGUUCCGACGUAUCCUCACUGUUCGACAAUGCCACUGCCACAUGGUGUUCACCACGGGAAUAUCAAUGGAAAUGGUAAUGCCGGUAGUUGUGGAACGGUUCCGCAAAAUUCUGUUCCUAUUUUACCGACGGUUAAUCAUACAACUCUGCCGAUAACUUUGGCGCCCAAUUCUAAUGGUCGGGUUACGAAUUUGACUAAUCAAGUAGUGAUGCCGAAUCAAAAUGGUGGGUAUGUAAAACGCUACCCAAUUAAUCAUGUUCUACCUGCGCAAACACAACAGUGGUCAUUACCUUCGGGACACCACACUUUUCCGCAACCAUUGCAAAAUAAGUUUUUUGGCGGGAAUGUCGCUAAUGUGAGGGUAGCUGAUAGAGAUUCUGCAAACUUUUCAAUGGCUAGUAGUGGGGACUCGGAUAUUUGUCAUCAUUAGUUAAGUGGCGCCCAAUGGGGGUUGUUGGUACUCGUUUAACUGUUUUUUGAUAAAAUUUUUGAACUGAAUUUGUGAUUAUUUAAGGAUUUUGUGAGUGGAUUUUUUGAGUGUUUUUCGAGUUAAAUGGGUGCCGACGUUUGGGGCAGGUAGGUUACUUGGAUAUUGACUCUCAGUAGUCAUAUGACAAUAAAUGAUCAUAUGUACUUUGUGUUUCAUUACAUGAUCAUAUAGGUAUCGUAGAAAAAAUACAUACUUUUUGUGACUUAAAGGACAUAUGCUUCACAAAUGACCACAAUUAGGUCAUAUAUGAUAUUAUAUGCUUCAUAUGGUUAUAUAUGAAUCAUUUGAGUCCACAUAUGCUCUAUAUAUGAUUCAUAUAUGGCCAUAUGUAAUUUAGAUGACUGUAUAAGGUCAUAUAGAUAAUAUGUGCUCCAUAAAUAACAUCAUAUAAUUUAAAUGUGAUCAUAUAUGGUUCAUGUAAUCACAUAAGAUACAUAUAACCAUAUACAGACCACAUAUUUUUUAUAUGUGAUCAUGUGUUUCAUUUGAUCUUAGAUGAUACAUGUAAUUGCAUAUGAUUAAUAUACGAUCACAUAUCGUUCAUAUCUGAUCUUAUAUGCUUCAUAUGACCAUUUAUGAUCUAUAUGAUAUCACAUAUGGAUCAUAUAUGACCACAUAUAGUUCAUAUGACCAUAUAUGGUUCAUAUGAACCAUAUAUGACCACAUAUGGUUCAUAUGAACUAUAUAUGAUUCAUAUAAGACCACAUAUAGUUUAUAUAUGAACACAUAUGAUCAUAUAUCUUUCAUAUAACAUUAUAUAUGACCAUAAAUAUGCUGCAAUGAUCAUAUAUACUGACCACUGGGAGUUAAUCAUACAGUAACCGUUUUUUGAGUGAGAUUUUGACGGUGGUUGAAUAUAAGGUUGUUGGUACUCGUUUUUGAGGAAAUUUUAUAAGCUAAGCUAUAGUAUAAUUUUUAAUUAUAUAUAUAAAUAUAAAUAUAAAUAUAUAAAUAAUAUAUUAAUGUAAUUGAAGCUUUCAUCCGUAUUAAUAAUUUAUAAUUUGUAAUUAUAAUAUAAAUUUACCGUUUUUUAGUUAAAAUGCAUAUUUUUACACACGAUGACUUCCAUGAUAAGAAAUAAAUAAUUAAUUAAUUGUUGUAGUAACAAAGGCUCUUUGCUUAAAAUAUCCAACACAUAUCGAGGUCGAAUAUCUGCAAGAGCAAUAAAAAAUUUUAGGUUGAAAAUUAUUUUUUAAAAAUUUUGAAAAAAGUGUCGUAUUUUUUUAGAUGAGUUUUCGACACAUCGACAUUUUUUUUUUUUUUUUAAUAACAGAGUGAAAUAAAAAACACAGGCAACUUUUUCGUGCUUAAUUAAUUACGCACAGUGUAUAGCAGGCACAAUAAUAAUAAUUAUAAUAAUAAUAAAAAUAAUAAUAAUAAUAAAUAUACAGAAAAACAAAACAAAACAUAUUAGAAAAGCUGAAAACCUAUAUAUAUUUUUUCAUAAUUUUUUUGCGACGGAAUAACUCAAGUAUA